GUUCUCCUGGUUCUCAUGUUCUCCUGGUUCUCAUGUUCUCCCUAUGCAGAUGCCCCUAAGAUCCUGGGUUCUGUGACGGUGUACACGUGGGAGGGGAACCCCGCUAACAUCAGCUGUGAGGUUCUAGCACAUCCCAGCGAUGUGUCUUUAUACUGGCUCCAAGAUGGCGUCCAGCUGCCCAACCCCAACACCACCAACAUCAAGAUCUACAACACACCCUCGGCCAGCUUCCUGGAGGUGACCCCUGAAUCUCAAAAUGACUUUGGGAGCUACAACUGCACAGCCUCCAACGAGAUCGGCACCGAGUCCAAAGAAUUCAUCCUCAUUCAGGCCGACGUGCCGUCGUCUCCCUCGGUGGAGGUGGUGGAGUCGUACUCCAGCUCAGCGCAGGUGGACUUCCUGGAGCCGGAGGCGUCGGGGGGCGUGGCCAUCCUCAAGUACCGCGCCGAGUGGAGGGUGGAGAACGCGGGCAAAUGGGCACAGCGCGUCUACGAGGCCAAAGACGGUGCGGGCACUAUCACCAUCACGGGUCUGAAGCCAGAGACCCACUACGAGGUCAAGAUGUCCGCCAUCAACGGCAAGGGGGAGGGAGAGAGCAGCAUGCCCACUGUCUUUAAGACUCAGCCUGUCCGUAAGUACACACACACACACACACACACACACACACACACACACACACACGAACACUGCCCACUGUCUUUAAGACUCAGCUUGUCC